CCUCUCUCUCCAGACAUCCUUCAAACAACACCAUUUGCGGUAGUCUGGGCAGAUAGUCUCGGCUCAUACCAUUUGCUCCCAGUUGUAUUUGAUAGUGAUAGCAAUGGCCUCCACCAACAGCUGGACCCUCGAGUUGGAGUCGCAGGUAUCUGCGCCGCGCAAGUUCCGCGCCACCGUCAUGGACUGGCACACUCUGGCACCCAAACUUGCCCCGCACAUCGUCGACAACGCCCACCAUGUUGAGGGAGAUGGUGGCAUAGGCAGCGUCAGGCACUACAAUUGCGCCUCAGCCAUGCCCUUCAAGGUCAUGAGGAAGAAGGUUGAGUUCCUUGAUGUGGACAAGUGUGAGUGCAAAUACACCAUCGAGUGUGACGGCAUUGAGACUGCCACGUGGGACAUCAAGAUGGAGCCAACGGCCAGCGGUGGGAGUGUGGCCAAGGUGGAAUGCAUAUACAAGCAGCAGCCGAGUGAGGAGGGUAACGACAUGAUGCUCAAGGCCAAGGACUCUGCUGCCGAGAUGUUCAAGAUUGUUGAGGCCUAUCUCCUCGCCAAUUCGGAUGCAUACAACUAAGUCAGCAAAGAGCGAUCAUACAUAAUAGUGGUGAUUUCUCCCGAUGAAUAAAAAUGUUCCAACCUCCAAGUGGUAUGCCAGAUCAAGUUGGGUGUGGAUUUAUGAAGUUAAAAAUAUUACGUGUAUUUCUAAACAUUAAGUGGUUUUUAAAAAAUUUGAGUGUGGGUUUGUUUGAAGCUGUUGUUGCUUGCAUAUGUAUCUUCCUCAUGGUUCUGCAGAAGAAUAAAAUAAAGUAUUAAGCGUGGGUUUGUUUGAA